GCCGACAACGAAACGUUUUGCGUUCAGAAGCGAAAUACCGGAAGUAUAACGACACAAAGACGGCAACAUCCUAAUUACGUGGUCACGUUAAGUUGACAUUUUACUAAAGAUCUACAAAAAAACCUGCAAGCGAACAGGAAGGAAGUGAUCUUCACGUUUCUAUAGCGACAGACGUGGCGUUCUCGCCGGAUAAAUAUGGCGGAUGAUUUGGACGAUUUGCUCGAUGAAGUCGAAUCAAAGUUCUGUUGCAGCACAUCGACAUCAAAACAAACAGCUUAUGAUUUAACGCAAACGGACCGAAACUGUGGGACUCUUCAGGAAAAGAAACAGUCAAGAAAACAUGAAAGCAAAACAACUGAUGAUAUUGAUGCUGUGCUGCAGGAAAUACUAGAGGACGAUUACAAGCAUGUAAACUCACAUGAACCCAUUACUGCAAAUUCUCCCCCAAGUGAUCCAUGUUCUCAGACAGUGUUCAAAAAAUGUUGCCCUGUGUUUCUUGGUGGAAGCUCUGUACUGAAUGGUAUUGGAACCAGUGUUUCACACAGGGCCUGCAACCAAUUAAGAUGUACGUCAUGUGACUUUCGCGUGGCCAUGUUUGAUGAUCACGAGUGGGAUUCAUCCUGUGACUAUUUGUUUUUCAGGAAUAACAUGCCAGACCAUCACAAAUUAAGAGCUAAACUGAAGAGAAGAAAGGGUGGUCGAGCCUACGCCUGUCAGUGUAGCUGGUACACAGCCCGCACACUCUUAAACCUGAACACUCAACAGCAGCUCAAGUGGAUUUGUGCUAAACAUAAAACAUGAACCAAAACCUGUGACAUUUCUUUAUCUGAAAGACUAAACUGAUGUCCUCCAGACAGAAGCGUUGUGUGCUGUCCUCAUCGCAGACGAGAAUGCUGGACAUUUUCAAAACUGUAUUUGUACAGACGGGUUUAAAAUGUUGUCUGUUACUGUAGUAUGAGUAGUAAGAGUUUGGUUCCAAAACGCAAUAAAUCCAUUUUGACUAAUUUGGGUAAAAAUUUUAUUUUCUAUACCAAGAAAGUGACAAGAUGAAAACCACUAUUUUCUGUUACAAACUUUCACAUAGCAUCUUUAGGUUAUAAAAACAUAAAAAAUUCAAAUCCAUGAUUUGAUUUUCAAAGAUUUAUUAUAAAACUAAUAAUUUUUUCCACAAAAAGCAAUACAUUUUUUUUCCAAAUGCUAUAAAUCUAUAUAAAUGUGCAUUCAUCUUCGCCGUGUAAUAUUCAUUUAGUUGACUAGUGGUAUACACUGAUUAAACAAAUGCCUUAAUGGCAUUAAUCAAAACAUUUACUUUGUCAUAUUAAGAACACUGUCAUUGCUGCUGUCAUCCUUUGGACGUCGUCCCUAAAAAAUUUAGUCAGCGAUCAGCUGUAAAAUGUUUUGGUCCUGCUCGAUUUUCAUUGGCUUCGAGUAAAAUAAUGGAAAGUUUUUCAUAAGAUCCCCUGGGGUCAAUGUGUGAAGCUUGAUGCUGUCGUGUGAGAACAACUGUCGUUUUUUCUUCGCCCGAGUGGCUUACGUUUCUUCCCCGCCACAGAAAACCACCGCAGGUUUAUCAAUGCCAUCAAAAUUAUUAUUUUGUUUUUGUUUGUUGAUCACGAAGUACAAAGUAGAUGAGGAAAACUAGGAUUCUGUGUGUAUUUAACCUUUUUUUUAUGGCAUUUAUCGCGUUUUGGAACCAAACUUAAUUUUGUUGUUGUUUACUGUGUGUUAUAAUUGUGUGUUAAAAUUCUCACUGCAGAAUGACAUGUAACUCUGAACCAGAAACCAGUCACAAGGGUAAAUUAUACAUAAUUACAUCAUCUGAAUAAAUAAGCUUUCCAUUGAUGUAUGGUUUGUUAGGACAGGCCAAUAUUUGGUCAAGAUACAACUAUUCGAAAAUCUGGAAUCUGAGGGUGCAAAAAUCGAAAUAUUGAGAAAAUCACCUUUAACCCUUUCCCAGGCAGCAUUUUCACAAAAGUUUUACAAAAUGCCUUUCAGAAAAAAAUCUUUUAUAAAUAUAUAAACAUACAAAUAUAUCAAAUGAAAGAACAGAUCCUCUGCUUUCAAACAAACAAAAAUAUACAAACAUUUCGUCCUAUCUUCAUUUCUUUUCUUUUAAUUACCUCUCAAAUAUGAACAGGUUUCUUCAAAAAUAUAUUUUUUUUAGCAAAAACUUAAGAUAAUUGCAUUUUUGUAAAGGACUUUUGUUAGAGAUCUGGGAUGUAUUACAGAAACCGAGGUUAACCUCAGUGGAAUCCUAAACUUUUUAUUGAUUAAACCAAAAUUAGCUUCCCCCGAUCAUGUUAGUUCCAAAACACCUGAUAAAAAUUAGUUCAGUCAACCUCCUACUGGUAACCGAACAUUAAUGCGCGCACACAGGGAAUACAUAGACAUUUUUUAAUUCAAACAUACCCGGGUAUGUCACAUAACCAGCUUUCUGGAAUACCCACCAGAUUCAAAACAUUCACAGAGUUUUCUAUGUUAUAAAUUAGUUGAUUGGUUUUAUGGUCCAGGCAAUGGCGGCUCGUGAUUGCUCAUCCAAGGGGUGCAAAUUCAAAAUACGUGUUCGGAGUGUCAUGUGUGUUGCUUGCGUUUUUCAAAAUAUGUGUUUGUUGCGUCAUGUGAACCAUGUGCAUCACGUGUUUUGUUAAAAUAACGUUCACAAAAUACACACAAGACACUCCAUUAACAGUAAACUCUGAUUACACAUGAGAUUGUGCGCAUAUCUGGCAAACGUGAGCGUCUUUUUUAUCAUAAACCCUUUAGAUGCGUCUGCAGUAGGCACUUAUUUUGACAACACGUGUGAUGCACAUACGCACUCGAUGCCCAGAACACAUAUUUUGAAAUGAGCAACCACACACAUGACGGGCUACAUACAUG